AUGGCUAAUGCCUCGCUCGGGUUUUACGUUGCUCUCCAAAGCACUGGGAUCAUCGAGAUUGCUUUCGAUCCCAGCAAAAGUGCAAAUGAGUCUCUGUAUGUUGCAGGAAUCAACACGAAUGCUGGUUUCAUGCCGGGGUGGCUCACCUCAUUCGGCGACAAGGUCUAUAGCAUCAGCCGUACAAACUACCCAGACAGCGAUGUCGGUUCGGGUGGCGUAUUCGCAUUUCAGAGAGCUUCCCCUGCGAAUUCGACUGAGACUGGGAACAGGCUUGUGCUCCUCAACCACGCAAGCAGCCAUGGAAAGGGAGGUGUCCACUGUGAGGUGAGCCCCGACGGAAAGAUCCUGGCAGCGGCAAACAUCACGGCGUCGACGUUGUCGAUCUAUCCAUUACUCGAAGAUGGAUCCAUCGGCGCAACCACAAACGUGGUUGACUACAACCAGUCGGAUCCUGGGCCUAAGGAAGCACACCCGCAUCAAGCAACAUUUGAUCCUUCAGGCCAGUUUCUGUUUGUUCCGCUCCGGACAAUGGAUCGUCUAGACAUCUACUCUGUUAAAUGCCCCCAGCAAGUCAACAAGGUUCACAGCAUCCCAAUACCAGCACCAGCAGGGGCUCGGCAUGUGGCAUUCAAUCCCAUCAGUCCCUCCAAGGCAUACAUGUACCUCAUCAGUGAGAAGGACAACUCGAUUCGUGUCUUUUCUCUGGAAUAUAACGCUGAAGUGGCAGAAGGUCUCACAGUCGAGUUCAAGCAGACCCUUUCGGCGAUGGGAGAAGACCUCGCUCCCACACCAGCCGAGCACAAAGACCUGGCGGCUGAGAUUGCUGUUAGCAGUGACGGGAGAUUCGUCUAUGCGUCGAACCGUAACUUGACACGAGUCGACGACGAUAUUCUGACAGUUUACUCCGUCGAUGCCGACCCUGCACAUGAUGACCGCCAUCUGACAUUUCUUCAAUCUCAAUCGACUCGGGGUAAGCACCCCCGAAUGUUUGCACUCUCCAACGACGCGGAAAACAAGUGGGUUGCCAUUGCCCACCAAUUCAGUCAGGACAUUACCGUUUUCGAAAGGGACACAACAACAGGUUUGCUGGGCGAGGUGAGAGGUCGAAUUAGUGUCAAGGUAGUUGAGCCAUACCAAUCUACCCCAGACAAGGUCAGCUUUAACUUGGGCCGCUAUCCUUCAAUAUCUCGCAGCGCAGGCUCUGUCCAGCGCCAGGCCACAAACAUCAUGGUGUCCUUCAACAAUAGGAUCACGGAGAAUGUCAAUGGGAAACUGGCGUUUGCUUCCACGGUCAUGAUGUUGUCUCAAAUCAAUUUCGGAAUGGACCUCGUCGCCUUCUCCAACACCCAAGCCAUGUCUACAUUUAACAGGAAGUUCGGUCACUACAAUGCUAAACUUGAACGAUAUGCGUUGGACCCGUACUUCCUCUCGCUCCUGAACAGCCUUACCUACGUCGGUCAAGCCUUUGGCGUCAUUACAGGUGGUUGGAUUGCUCGACGUUGGGGACGAAGGGCUUCGUUCUGGGUCAUGUCUGUGUGGGCAGUGUUGUCUGCUCUGCUCCUCGUCACGGCACAGAAGAAGGAACAGGUCCUCGUCGGUCGCAUUUUCAAUUACGUGUACCUUGGCCAGGAACUUGUCACGGUUCCGGUAUACCAGGCAGAAAUUGCUCCCCCAAAGAUCCGAGGGAUGAUCAUCGGCACGUUCCAGCUCGGUACAAUGGUCGGUGCUUUCAUCAUGGCAUGUAUUACCUAUGGGACAAGCAAGCUGGACACUGAAGCCGCAUUCCGCAUUCCCUUUGGCAUUUUCUUCGUUAUUCCGGUGGUUGUCUUUGUCGGAUCUCUGUUCAUGCGCGAGUCCCCACGUUGGCUUCUUGUCCGAGAACGAUCAGAGGAAGCCUUGGAGUCUCUCCGGCUAUAUCGACGGGGCAAAUUCACCGAAGAGGAGAUUAUGGAAGAAUACCGUGACCAGGUGGCUAUGAUUGUCGCCGUCACGAACGACAAAGGCACAUUCAAGGAGAUGUGGCAGGGGAUCAACUGCAAGCGAUCCCUCAUCGUGAUCGGCUCCAACAUCAGCAUCCAAAUCAGCGGACAAGGACUAUUCAGCAAAUACGGCACCAUCUUCUUGACCGACCUUCAUGGACCGAAUCCUUUCCAGAUGUUCCUCAUCAACACGUCCUUGCAGAUUGUGGUCAUCCUGGCUGCUAUGUAUCUCUUUGAUAGAAUCGGUCGCAAACCUCCGUUGAUUAUCGGGUCCAUCAUUCAGACCACUACAUUCCUCGCCAUCGGUGGACUCGGGACUAUAUCGGAUCCCAGCAAAAAUGUCAAAGUCGCACUCACAGCCCUGUUUACCGUCUACUACCUGGGCUUCGUCUUUGGCUGGGGUCCCAUCUACCACAUUCUUUCGUCUGAGAUACCCACCUCACGCAUGCGAGACAUCACAUACACGGUAUCCAGCAUCUUCACCGUCGUCACGCAGUUCGUCGUUUCCUUUACGAUCCCGUACCUGCUCUAUGCGCCGUACGCAGAUCUCGGAUCCAAGAUCGGCUUCAUCUUCGGGCCCAUCGCCUUCGUCACGCUCCUCUUUGCCAUCUUCUGCGUGCCCGAGUGCCGCGGCUUUUCGCUCGAAGAGAUCGACCACCUGUUCAGGGCGAGGGUGCCUAUCCGUCAGUUCCGCAGAUACAAGCACGGCCAGAUUCUGCCGGAAGGAGGUGCCGAGAAAGAGACGGAGAAGGCGGGAGAAGGGCCUUCUGUGGAGCUUAAAGAGGUCGCUGAGAUGUAG